AUGUAUGCUUAUCGCAUCACCGAGAUCCGAAAUGGACGUGAAAUACGAGUGCACGAUUGUUUCGACGAUGGAGAAACUGGAGCGAGCUCUAAAAUGCUAGAACUAUUGGACAAAAUGAAUGCUACUAAUGUUCUGAGGACGAAAGGUGAUGUAAUGGCGCCGCUGAUAAGUUGUGACCAAAAGAUGCAUAAGCUUACCAAAGACUCCAUCGCUCCAGAAUACAACAUAAAAGGAUCCGAGAAGGCAUGCAACAAAAGUGAAAAGCCUGGUCAAACUAGUCAAAUAUGUGGU